AUGGGCAAUAAUUUGUCUGAAAACUACAAUCUGACUUGGAGACUUCCGGUUGAUUCUGGGUUUUACUACAUGCUCAGGCUCCAUUUUUGCAACAUCAUACCACAGUAUACAAAAAGUCAUCGAGUGGUUUUCACGAUUUUUAUUAAUAAUCAAACUGCUGAAGAGCGGGCUGAUCUAUUUUUCUGGACCCAAGGUAGUGGGUAUCCUUUUUUCAAGGAUUACGUUGUAUUUGUCAACAGCCUAGAUGGUCUCCCAAGCAAGCAAGAUUUGUGGCUUGCAUUACAUCCUAAUACCAUGUCUAAAUUAUACCGAGAUUCUUAUUUAACAGAUGCUUAUUUGAAUGGUUUGGAAGCUUUUAAGCUGAGCAUGAUCGGUAAUUUUUCUAGCCCAAACCCGGAAGUUAGUCCUGAACACCCACUGCAUAACAAGAAGGCGACACCAAGGUAUGCCCCAAUCAUUGGAGGUGUAGGGGGAGGAUUAGUUUUGCUGAGUGUUUUACUUCUUAUUCUUUUAUGGAAGUAUAAGCAUAUGAAACAUUAUAGUACGAGAAACCAUAACCCAUCACUAGCGUUAGAUCAGGACUGCCGUCACUUUACACUCAAAGAACCGAAAGUUGCUACCAAUAAGUUUAACGAAAAUCGUGUCAUUGGCAAAGGAGGACUCGGUAAGGUUUAUAGAGGGCACAUAGACAACUCUAGGAAACUUGUAGCCGUCAAAUGGUUUAGUCCAUCAUCAAAACAAGGUUUUCAAGAAUUCAAAACAGAAAUACAGUUGUUGUCUAAAUUACGCCAUGUCCAUCUAGUGUCCCUGAUUGGAUACUGUGAUGAAAAUAAAGAGAUUAUCCUUGUGUACGAUUACAUGGUGCAUGGGACUCUACGCGAACAUCUCUACAACACAAACAACCCUCCUUUUUCCACCCAGCACCAGGGUCGGCCCAGAACACUUUCUUCUUUUUCCACCCAGCACCAGGUUCGGCCCUGCGGAAGCCAGAUUUUUCCCUGA